GUUUUUCAAGAGGUCAUUAGUUACUUGAUUGGUUACUGGAUUCCAUCUAUAGCCUACUUGUCCACCAGGCAUACCUAUGAAUUUAUUACAGCUCCAUAUGUGAAGGCGGAGCAGCGACGAACACGUUACCGUCGUUAUCUCCGCCUCCGAAACAAGCGGUGUUUCACGCCCCUGAAAAUGUGCCAAUGAGACUGAAAGAGUGCAGCCUGGCAGAUAGCCUGACGGGUCAUCGUGGCGCCUGUCAGUUUGAGUGGGCUCACGAGGGAGACCUUACUCUUUGUGGGAAACGCCCCCUGUGUAGGGAAAACGUGGUGAUACAGAAGACCAUACACGUGUUCGCAGCUGAAGUGAUGGAGGUGUUCGACCGCUCCCCGACUGACAAAGAACUGGUGUCGCAGGCCAAGGCGCUGUGCAGAGACUACAUUCACUCUAGGCUUAAUCGGGCUGGUAUAGGCUGGUCCAAAUCCGAACAAAGCUUGGCGGCAUCGGGAGGACCGCAAGGAGAGGUAUCGUCAGUUCUUCUCUGGUUAGGCGACGAGCUGGAGUACCUACGGCCCAACGUUUACCGCAACGUGGCACGGCAGCUGAACAUCUCUGUGGCCUCUGAGAGCGUGGUGUCCGAUGCCUUCCUCGCCGUGGCCUCCGAGAUCUUCUCCACUGGUGUCACGUGGGGGAAAGUGGUGUCCCUGUACGCGGUGGCGGGCGCCCUGGCAGUAGACUGCGUACGACAUGGCCACCCCGCCAUGGUCCACACCAUCGUCGACUGCCUGGGCGAGUUUGUGCGCAAGAGCCUGGUCUCUUGGCUGAAGAGGAGGGGCGGCUGGGCCGACAUCACAAAGUGUGUGGUGAACACCGACCCCAGGUUCCGCUCUCACUGGUUAGUGUCGGCCGCCUGCACCUGCGUCCACUUCCUGAAGGCCGUGGUCUUCUACCUGUUGCGUGAUCGGUGAGGGCGUGGUCGGUGGCGGACGGCACCGCACACAGGCCUCUGCCCCCUCGUCACUGCUGAAGACCGUGACUCCGACACUUCACAUCCGCCCUGGCUCACCCCACACCACUCUGUAUGAAGACAGGGGUCCUCGUAUGAACCCGGCGCAGGAGAUGCCGCUCAACUACUCACUUAGCUUCCUGCUGCUACCCCUGACAUGGAACCCAAGCAUACGUUAGUCACCGUUUUGCUUUUGCACGGCAGGAGUUUUCAUUUCAUUGGACGCGACUCGUGUGACUCUCUUAUAGAGAUGGAAAUGAGUGAGACUUGGAGACUUCUAUCUGGUAGAGUUGCUCAGGCAGCCCACUGAGGGAGCUUGUGAACACCUUUGUUCCCAGAGGGCGAUUACACCAUGGGGAGAGGCUGAUAAGACUGACCUUGGAAGACUGGAGCACCUGGGGUUUGGUUUAAAUCCAGGUCAUCUGCAACAAGUCUUUACAUGCAUGUUAAGGGGGAUGUAACAUGAAGACUAAUCUGCUGACUCUUUAGAAGACAGCUUUCCUUUUUUUUCCACUGGGAUGCUUUCGCAGAACAGUGUGAUUAUGACCAACAGGCCUCUAUAAGGAAGUUGAUUGGUGAAUGUUUGUCUUUAUUUCAAAUGAAUUUUAUUCUGUGAAUAACUGUAAAACCACACACCUGGUAUCCUACACAGCAUGUCUCCAAUAAAAUAUACAUUUUAAACAUUUUAAACAA